AGAUAUCAAAGGUUGUGAAGCAGAGGAAUUUGUUCCCAUUCCUGGAUAUGGCUUAUCAGGGGUUCGCCACCGGAGACAUCGAUCGCGACGCCACUGCUGUCCGAAUGUUCGUCGAAGAUGGCCAUCAAAUAGGAGUCGCCCAAUCGUUCGCUAAGAAUAUGGGAUUAUAUGGCGAAAGAGUGGGUGCUUUCACUUUAGUGACCUCUUCUAAAGAGGAAACGGCACGAGUCAUGUCUCAGAUUAAGAUCAUUAUCAGACCGUUGUAUUCAAACCCUCCCGUCAAUGGCGCCAGGAUUGCAGCUCUCGUUAUGAAUGAUCCGACACUUAGGAGUCAAUGGCUUAAAGAUGUGAAAGGAAUGGCCGAUCGCAUCAUUUCUGUCCGAACGCGACUUAGAGAGGGUCUCAAACGGGAGGGCUCGACAAAGAACUGGCAGCACAUCACUGACCAGAUCGGGAUGUUCUGCUUCACUGGUAUGGACAAGGAUCAGGUCGAGCGCAUCACUAAAGAGUUC